UUAAAGCUUCCAAGCAGUGUGAGCCACUGUUUUGGUGUCCAGCUGCCUUUGUUGAGCAUUUUAAAGAUGUUUUUCUUAAGUACUAAAUCAAUAUAAAGUAGAAACACCUACAACUUUGUGAUAGUCUGAUCUUCUUUGAGUUCCCCUUUUGGGAGGCCACAGUUUAACCUGAUGACCUCAUGUUGCAGGCGCUCCGCAGCCAGCACAAUCCUCCACACAGCACGUACUAUAUAUAAACAUCUGCAUCCGUGACACUUCUUAUCACCUGUCCUGCAUCUCUGUGGUUUUUGUCUGGGACCUCCGUGAAGUGCUCUUGCCAUGCCUGGUUCCCCCUGCUUGUACCUCUGCCACAGGAAUAACCCUAAAGAAUGCCUUUGACAAGUAAAUUGCAGAUACUGGCUUUUGUUGCCGGACUGGGGUUGUUUGCAUGGAUGUAUGAACAGACAAGCCAACACUAGCCACAGUAACUGGCAGCAUACACUAGUCUCUUACUGAAGCAGCAACCAAAACAUUGUCCUCAUGUACUGAGGACGUGAUUUAUGUGACAUGUCGGCUUGCUCAGGGGCCCAUGGGCCUGUUUUCUUUUACAGUAUCUGGACAAUUGUGAAUGUAUACACACCAUAUCGCCCGCAUGUUGUCCCUUUAGUUUAUGUUAUCCUUUUCAAAGGAGUUCUAGGAGGAGGAAAGUUGAAGCCUUGUUCUUGUUCUUAAAUUCCUCUGUCCCUCUCUUUCUUUCCAGGUGGGACCAGAUGGAGGAUUCGGAGGGCGGAUAGACAAGACGUUACUUCUGCAAAGGGCAAGGUGCUGCUGUGGGUGCUCAUUGCUUUGCUGCCUCUGGUGGAAGGAGCUCAUAUGAAAGGUGGUGCUGGUGUGGGAUCAGACUCAGGCCACACUGUGGGCCUGCUGGGAAACCAGGAGGAGAGACAGCUUCCUGUGACGCUGCCUGAAAUGGUGGAGGAUAAGGAACAGAAAGAAGACAGUGACCCUUACUCUACUUGGCACCCUCUUUAUGACCCUUUUGUAAUGGAUGAGGUGGAUGACCAUCCCAGCAGUCGCUGGGUAGGACGAUCACCACGCUCCUCUGAUCCCACAGAACCUCAGCCCAAGGGAUCAUCGAAGAAAAAGAAGAAGAAGAAAGAAAAGGAAGAAGAGACAGAAACAAGGAACAGAAAGGGUAAGGGGAGAAACGGACACCCGAAGCAGAGCAGCAGGCACUGCCGUGUGGAGAAGAAAGAGAUGAGGGUUCGGGAUCUAGGACUGGGAUUUGAUUCGGAUGAAAUCGUCCUUUUUAAGUUCUGUGUAGGCUCCUGCCAGGCCGAAAGAACAAACUAUGACCUAGCACUGAAAGCACUGCUGGAGAAUGGCUCGCUGCCUCGACGCACCGCCCGCAAGGUCAGCAGCCACCCCUGCUGCCGCCCCGACCGCUACGAGCCAGUAUCGUUCAUGGAUGCCAAGACCACGUGGAGAACCAUCCAAUCGCUCUCUGCCGCCAGCUGCAUGUGCAUGGGCUGAAUGAUGAGUACAAACAGAUAAGCGCCCAGGAUGGAUAAAGCUGAAGAGCCUCUGGCUGGAUAGUGUGUGUGUCUGUGUGUGUGUGAGGCCCCGUGUUUAGGAUUUGGCCAUAUGGGGGCACUGUCUCACACAGAAACAGAAAAGAAGAAGAAAAAGAGGCCACUUGUUUGCCUCCCUGAUACAUUUCCUGCUGAGAAGGAAGUGGGCUGGCCGCAGCUGGACAUUAAGGGCCAAGGUCAAAAUCAAGAGACUGAGGGGGAGGUCAUUAGGGAAGCCCAGUCUGGAUACUGUUCCCUCUGAUACUGAAUUCUUUUUAACUGAAUAACCGGUAAUUAAUGCAGGAUACUAAAGCCUGGUUAUUAUACACAGAGACCUUCUUCAUGUGUUUGAUUUCAUUUGGGCGAGACCUGAAGGCUGAAGCUCAAGCGAUGUAAAGAAAAUUUACAGUUAAAGGACGCUUUGUUUCCAUUCAGACCAUUCAUGCUCGGUGAGAACAGGUGUUUCCACAAGAUUCGUUCUCUUCCCGCACACAGACAGGGACAUUACAUUGUGUCUUCUCUAUGUUCAGGUGAACUCAGCCAGAUGGAUGCCAUGCAUCUUCAUGUAUUACUGUAUAAAAGUAAAGUAUAUUUAUUUUGGAUAAAUUAUUAUUUAUUUAUUAUGGCUUCAUAUGAGAGCUGUUUUUAUGAACUCUAUUGUAGAUAAUAUCUAUUUAUUGCCAAGAUUCACUUUUCAUGUCGACAGUUACUUGUGCUCGCAUACAGUACAACAUUUUUUUUCUUUUCCAGAUGCUGAUUUUCACACUUACCCAGCACAGAAAGUCAAACUUUGGCUAAACAGUUUCUUCUAGGCAGAAGUAGAUUGGAUUUCUAAAAUCUGGUUAUUGAUAUUUUUUUCUAUUGAGCAAAACAAUAUCCAAGAAGUCAAAUUCUUAUUUACUUUUCAUCCCAGACUAACAGAUAUUGGGCAAAAAUGGACCAACAUUGAAACAAUGUGGAAGAACUGAUAAAUAUUGAAUUUUGUUUACUUUGAGAGCAUCUAACAUAAUUGAGUCUGGUGAGAUAUCUGUGUUUGUGGUCACCUUUGUGCUGGAAAUAGUCAUUUAAACUUUAAUACAUACUGCAUUGUAUGUACAGUGUGUAGUGAAGAGGAUCAAUUAUGGUUUUCCUUUGCUGUUACAUUGGUGGAUGCUCUGUUUUAAACACUAAAUACUGAGGUUAUUGUAUGAACAACUAAUCCCAGUGAGCCAAACACUCAACUUCAGACAGUUUCUCGAUGUGUCUUCAGAAUAACCCCAGCCUUGAUGACUGACAUCAGCCUUUGACCAAGUAACAUACUUACCAGUGGCCAUGUUUUGUGUCCUAUCAGUCCCAGCAAUUUUGUGCUGACUAAAUGCUCUAAGAUGUGAACUGAAAGUUAUGUUUUACAAUGCAAUAACUUUGUUUGAUUUUUUUUUUUUACCAGCUAUCAGUUAAAUUGUUACCGACCCAGAAUUUUAGAACUCGUGCAUCCCUAAUCUAGACGACAAGACCUUGAAGGUGAUUUUUAGUUCUCAUUCAUACUCUCACUAUGUCGCUCUGUCCUUAUUAUUAUUAUUAUUAUGAUGAUGAUUAUAAAGCUUCCUUUAUUUUUGUAUGUUAUUAUCCUCUAAGGGAAUAAAGUUUUUUUUAUAAUAUACAUCAUGUUAGUACACCUAUUAUUCAGACUAUUCUGUCCAGUUAUCUGUGCAACAGUUACUGGUGUGAACUAACACCACAACAACUUAAUUUGCCGAUGAAUUAUCCUGUAGCGCCACCUGCUGGACUAGAAUCUAAAGCGAACUGCAAUGCUCGUUUUGACGCGAGAGGAACUUGCUGUCCUGCCACCUGUCUGCUGCCAGCUGGUGAUGUCUGCUUUAAAAACUUAUUGUUCUUUAUUGAGCAGAACAGGCAAAACCGGUGAUUUCGCUGCCUUUAUUUAUCUGCACAGACCAAAUAACACAUCCAGUAAGCAACUGAGCUCACACAGGUGAGGGGAACAGUGUUUUUUUCUUCUUUAUUUUAAAAUAAGAUUUGAUCACAUUUGCUUUUUACAACAGCAGUUAUUAAAACACGAAAGACAUUCGUGGUCCUCCAUACCUGCAUCAUGAAGCACUGUUACAUGGCACUGAGCGAGUUGGCAGCAUGUAGAAAAAAUAAAUAACUAAAUAAAUUACACCGCCCCCGUAAAAGAAAUGUAGUGCAACAACACAUGUAAGGGCGUCGCAUAUUUAAA